GUGUGGUGGUGGGGUGAUGGACACUGGCAUUUGAGGGACAAUUUUAGAAAAUUUUCUUAAAAUGGUAUCCCCCAAGGCUAUGUUUGGCAUAUGUGCAGGCGUCUCAGCAACCCUAUUUAUCGGAUAUUGUUUUUACUUUGAUAAACAGAGGCACAACGACCCAGACUUUAAGAAAAAAUUGCGACAAAGGAGACGUGCUCGUCGAGAUGCAGCUGCAUCAUCUGGAAAAAGAUCUAGUACAGUGUUUCCUAACAUUAAAGAUCAUGAAGCAGUACAAAGAUUUUUCUUGCAAGAAAUCCAACUAGGGGAAGAGUUAUUAGCUGCAGGUGACCUUGAGAAUGGAGUAGACCAUUUGGGUAAUGCAGUAACUGUUUGUGGGCAACCAAAUGAUUUACUACAAGUCUUACAACAAACACUACAACCCAAUGUGUUCCAUUUACUUAUUGAAAGACUGCCAGCUGUGGCACCUCGUCUCAUGAAAGCACAAAGUGGAAAUCAAAGCGCUUCAUUGCAAGAAGAUGAUGUUGAGUGAUUGUAGAUACCUUUUUGCUCUUUCACUAGUCUCAUUUUGUUAGAACUGUUAUAGAUUCCUGUCAUCCUUCAUUGUUGCUGUAUCAAAGUAAUAAAUUAGUUUUACUUG